ACCUAUUAUAUUUAUUAUUAUAUUAUUAUUAUUAUUAUUAUUAUUAUUAUUAAUAUUAUUGAUAUUAUUGUUAUAAUAAUAGUAUAAUUACACGAAAUCGUCGUAUUCGUUUGUCGACGAUGUUAAGUCACUCGUAAAUAUUACGCGAUUUGGACAGGUAACUGUUUUGCGCUCGCACUAUAGUGGAAAACGCAUCGUUACAGUUAUCAUAAUAAUAUCAUAUUAUUAUUAUUAUUACCAAACCGCCUAUCAUCGCUAGACGUGACCCGCGAUUUCGGCACAUAGACCGCGGUCCAAAGCGAACAAGCCGCUAGGUAAGCAGCGAUACUUCAGCAAUCGGCAAUCGCUACGAACGCGGGGACGAUCGCAUUACAUAAAACUGAACUAUCGGAAAAAUCGGAGGAGUUUCGAAGACUGCGCGUAAACAGGAGAACCUUCAGCAGGGAACUGACGGCGGCGGCGACAACGCGUUCUCGAGGCAUCCCCGUCACGUCAUAUAUGGAUAUGGUUCAUUUGUCAAAGUAAUCACAUAAUAUUUCAUAGAUAUAAUCUGAACAUUGUUAACUGUCAAAUGGUAUACGUUUGGAAUGAGUUACUAAUUUGGGAAAUGCAAAAUAUGUAUAAAUAUUCAUUAUAAAAAAUACAGAUACGAACCAUGGUCAAACAGUGUUUGAAAAAAAUUUUGAAAAAAUUUAAUAUGCCCGGACAACUCUCUGUGUGGCCCGUAUGCCUUUUCAGUGUCAAUAAACCAGAAAUUGGACGCAUCAAGAGUUCUCAUACUUCCUCAAAAAGGUGUAAUGAAGCGCGGCGUAUGUCCGAAGGUGGUCUCGUCAUGUCUUCAUGCGCGGCUGCCAACUUCAACAACAACAACACGACAAACAACAACAACAGCAGCAGCAGCCACAGCGGCGUCGGCAGGACGACGACGUCCGCCGUGCCCAGGCGCAAGUUCAGCUUCCCGGCGGUGUUGCAGUCGCACAGCCUGCAAUCCGAACUGGGCGGCGUCGACUUCGGCGGCGGGCCGUCGCUCACCGUGGCCACGGCCCGCCGGCGGUUCAGCAACGUCAGCGACGUCGUGUCCCGGAAACUGUCGCACACCAUCGGCUGGCGGACGGCCGUGCCGACGGAACAGAUCGCGCGACACGGCAAGGCGCUGUGCGUGCAGUACGUCCGGUGGAAGCUGAAGCGGGCCGGCGCGUACACGAAAAAGUGCGCCGGAGCGUUGCGCACGGCCAGCGCGGCCGCCAGCCCGGCGGCUUCGGUGGACGGCAGUGGCGGCGCCGCCGGCGGAAGUGGCGGCGGCUACUUCAUACCGCCGCUACAGGCUAUGGCGGCGGCCGGGGGGGCCGACCACACCGACGGCGUGCGCCGCGACGUGUUCCCCGCCGUGCUCCGGGUCGGACUCCAGUUGGAGCGGCUCGACCCGAAACUGUACGCGACCGGAGCGGUAGCCGCCGAGACCGCGGCCGCCACCGCCGCGUCCACGGCCGGUGGUGCGGGCGACCCGUCGGCGACCGCGCCGACCGCCGACUCGGCCGUGUCGCCUCAGCGCCUGUUCCAGCGGCACCACCGGCCAUCGUACAGGAGAAACGUGGCCACCGCUUCGAUGGUCCUGGUGUCCGUGUCCCGGGAACUGUUCCGGGCCGGCGCCCAGGUCACGUGGGCCAAAGUCGUGUCGCUCAUGUGCGUGGCCGCCGGGCUGGCGGUCGACUGCGCGCGCCGCGGCCGUGCCGAUCAACUGCCCGACCUGAUCGAAGCCGUCGGCGAAGUGAUCGAGGACGAUCUUGCCGCUUGGAUACACUACAACGGCGGAUGGAUGGGGCUCCAGUCGUACUGCAAACCAGUGGUCAUCAACGUCGAAAAUCCUGUGUCCACUCAAAUCCUGUAUCUAGUGUCAUUGCUCAUAGUUGUCAUAUUUUUUUUGUUGUUGUUGAGGUGGUUCGACUUCAUAUCUGUUUUCCGAUGAACUGUCUGCAGCAGAAGACGUCCAACAAUAUUAUACAAACAUAAUAUAUAUAAAUAUAUUUUAUUACUACAAUAUACGUUAUAUAUAAGUAGGUGUAUCUGCCUAUAUUAUUUACAGUUUUAGAGAUAUAUCGUCUGUUAUUUUAUGCGCAUAUAAUAUAUGGGUAUAAAAUGUAUCUACUAUAAAUGAUAA